ACAGUUGAUCAUCAGCUUAGCUACCGCCAUGGCGGAAGCGAGCCCCGCUGUCAACGGCGAGAGCCCUGACCAACACGUUUUCGUUGACGAUGACGGCAACAUGUGGGGCGAAGAUGAGCUGGGUCGGUACAGGAUCGACAAUCGAGUGUGGACCUGGAAUGAGAUCCAAGAGCAUCCACUCUUCAUGAAGGACAUCCCGUCGGAUCCGCGAGAUAUCGACAACUAUCCCAUGUUGACUGCUCUUCAGAGCAUUUUGUACGACGAUCAGACGCCUGAGGAGGUGGCUGAGCACUUCAAAAAGCAGGGCAACGAGGCCAUGAAGCUGCAAGCCUCGAAGAUUGCGCUGAUGAAUGCCUUGACCUUCUACACCAAGGGCCUUGAGAUGAGCUGCAAGGAUGCCAAGUUGAAUUCCGUCCUGCAUUCCAACCGAGCCGCUGUGGGGCUGAAGAUGGGCGAAUAUUUGAAGGUGGUGGACGACUGCAGACACGCAGUACGUCUGGAUGGCUCCAAUCUGAAGGCCUGGUUCCGCGGCGCCCAGGCAUCCGAGGUCUUGGGCUUGGCGGAACAGGGCCUGAAGUUUUGCCACGGCGCCUUAAAACUCGACCCCAAGGAGCCAGAAGUUCUCCGGGUUCAAAAGCAGCUUCAGGCGCGUUUGGAGAAGGACCUCCUGGCCCAGCAAGAGAUGCGACAGCUGGACAAGAAGCUGAAGGACAGCCGCAAGGCCAAUGCCUCGGCGGUUGAGAGCUUUCUGCAGCUUCGCGGCUGCCGUCUGGGCCCGGUGCUCUUCGACAUGUCCAUGUAUCGCAUGGCCAACGGCGGCCUCACUCCACAUCCAAAGUUGGUGGGGGAAGACCCGGAAAUGACCGUGGAGUGGCCCAUGCUGCUUCUCUACGAUGAAGCGAAUCAAUCAGACUUUGUGGCUGCCUUCGAUGAACGCUAUGCCUUGGAGGAUCAACUCCAGAUGAUGUUCCCUGAAGAUCGACACGUGGAGUGGGACGAACAAGGCAAAUACGUCUGGAAGCGUUUAGCCGCUUACUUGGAGUUUUACCCGGAGGGAAGCGACACAACCUCGAUGUUUCGGGUGGACAAUGCAGCUCCCAUGGUGGAGGUCCUGCGAGAUCUAUGUCUACCGCCAUGCUUAGUGCUCCAUGUCUUGGUGGAUGGCUCUCCGGCGCAGACCGUCUUUUGCAAAGAAAACUCGCUCUGAAAAAAGUGCACGGCCACAUGGCCGGAGAAACGCGCGCCAGAGCCGAAGCACAUGCUUUGAUGUGUUU